AUGGAAGCUAUCUAUUAUAUUCCUGAUUAUAUCACUGAGGAAGAGGAGAAAAAAUGUGUGGAAGCUAUUUAUAAGGAUGAUACAAGUUCUUCAUAUGUUGGAGAGAAGAAGGGAUGGGUUUGUUUGAGUAAGAGAAGGCUCAAGAAUUUGGGAGGCAUUCCUCAUCCAAAUGGCAUGUAUAAGGAGAGUUUGCCAAAGUAUAUCACUGAUUUUAGGAAAUUAUUACAUCAGAAGGGACAUUCAAUUGACAAGUUUAUUGAAAUACCUUCUGAUCAAGUUAAAAACCAUGACUAUAAUCAAGUAUUACUGAAUGAGUACGAGUGUGGAAAGGGAAUUAGACCACACAAGGAUGGUCCACUCUAUAGUGAUAUUGCUCUUGUUCUUUCAUUGAAGACUACUUCACUAAUUGAUUUUUAUACUGAAAAACCUACAGAAGAAAAUGAGGAAUCUGUACUCGCAAGUGUAUUUUUGGAGCCUAGAUCACUUUUGAUUUUCUGUAAAGAAGCCUAUACGGAUUAUUUUCAUGGUGUUAGAGAUGUGGAUCAGGAUGUAAUUAAUCCAGAGAAAUGCAUAAAUAUGCAGACUGCUAAUGUUUCUGCUGGACAAAUAAUUCCAAGAAACACAACAAGACUUUCCCUAACUAUUAGAAAUGUGAAAACUGUAAUAACUGAAAAAAACUAUACUAGCUCAGAAUCUCAGGAAAUUGAAAGAAGAAGAUCAUGGUGGCAGUCUGCUAUUGACAAUUAA